AUGUCAUUCCGAGGAGCUCCGCGUGGUCGCGGAGGCGGCUUUGGUGGACGAGGAGGCGGAUUCGGUGGUGGCCGUGGAGGGUACCAGCAGCGAGAUUUUGGCCCGCCGGCCGAGGUCCUUGAGAUGGGCAAGUUCAUGCACGCAUGCGAGGGCGAGAUGGUGUGCGAAAGCAUCAAUACCAAGGUCCCCCACUUCAACGCCCCGAUCUACCUUGAGAACAAGACCAGCAUCGGCAAGAUCGACGAGGUGCUCGGCCCCAUCAACCAGGUCUUCUUCACCAUCAAGCCCUCAGAGGGCAUCCAGGCCUCCAGUUUCAAGGCCGGCGACAAGUUCUACAUCUCCGGCGAGAAGCUGCUGCCCCUCGAGAAGUUCCUGCCUAGGCCGAAGCCGCCUCCGGGCUCCAAGGUCAAGAAGCCUAGCAGGGGUGGCGCAGGUGGUUUCCGUGGUGCACCCAGAGGAAGGGGUGGCCCCAGAGGAGGAUUCAGCUCGCGCGGCGGCGCACCGAGAGGUCGGGGUAGCUUUGGAGGCGGCAGAGGAGGUGGCCGUGGCGGUUCUGGCGGCUUUUCAAGAGGCGGCAGUGGCUUCUCUGGCGGACGGGGACGUGGAGGCAGUGGUGGCUUCGGCAGGGGUCGGUGA